UUGACUACAUAGCACAGCGAUAGUCAGUGCUGUGGCUGUCGCCACCAUACUAUUCGCCUAACAAGUCUCAGCAUACCCUAAACUCGACGCGUCCUUGAGUGCGAAGGAGGAAAUUCACAAGAAAAUGGCCGUUUCGGCCGCAGUCGUGCUGGCGCAGAAGAACGCGAUCCGAAAAUCAGUGACUACCAAACUGAGGGGCUUGACCGCAGAGAAUAUCAGGGUACAGUCAGAAGCUAUCGCAAACCGCAUUCUCUCUGCUCCCUUCUUUCGGCGUUGUAACAGUGUUUCGUGCUUUUUAAACAUGCCAACUGCAGAGGUUGACACUGGAUUACUGGUAUCAAGGAUUGUGACAGACGGAAAGACCUUGUUUGUACCAAAGAUGGACAAGUCCGAGAAGGGCAAAAUGGAUCUAUUGAAAGUAUAUGGCACGGAAGAUCUGGAGACAAUGCCCAGGCAUGCAUGGGGAAUGAAAGAACCAGAUGAUAUACGCAGCAAUGGGGAGUCACGAAUAACUGUCUUGAGGGAUAGUGCGCAUCUUGACGUGAUCUUCGUGCCUGGAGUUGCGUUUGACCUCUCUAGGUCGCGACUCGGACAUGGGAAGGGGUAUUAUGAUCGCUUCCUGUCAGCCUAUGCGGAGACACAUCCACACCCUCCACUUACAGUUGCUCUCGCACUUCGAGAACAAAUCCUUCCAGAACCAGGCGAGGUUCCCAUGCGUGAGUGGGAUUGGAAGGUCGACUGCAUCGUCACCCCGGACGAGAUGAUAAUGAAUCCUGGUCUGAGGGACGAGUUCCAGAGUGGAACUAUAAAUUUAUAAUCCCAGAUACGACGGUGGUGCCAAUGUCAAUAGAAUCCAUCAAGACAACAUAGAUUCACGGUG